GUCCCGCCCGGCCGUUUCCUGCCGGCGGCUGUUGUGGAUCCGGGGCAGGCGCAGCAUGGAGCCGGCGGCGGAGGGCGACGCAGAGAUGCUGGGGGCACCCGACCCGGAGCUGGCGGCCACCAUGGGGUUCUCGGGCUUCGGGAAGAAAGCUCGGACUUUCGACCUCGAAGCGAUGUUUGAGCAAACGAGAAGAACCGCAGUAGAGAGGAGCAGAAAGGUCUUGGAGGCCCGUGAAAGAGAAAAGGAAGACCAGACUGAAAAGGAGUUUAGAAUUCCAUGCGCUGAGUCAUCAGCUUCAGCAUCCAGUGCAACAGGAGCUGGGUCCACAUUAACUGAAAGAGAGAUAGUCAGUAGUGAAAGUGAGGACGGCUCAAAUGAAGAGUUAACUGGUCCUUCCAUGCAACCCCAGAGUUCUACUAAAGGUCCAGCUGAGGAUACUGAUGAUGAUGAUGAUGAAUUCAUUGGGCCACCACUUCCACCAGGGUUCAAGGAUAGUGAUGACGAUAAUGACAAUGAUGAUACAGAGGAAGAAGAUAAUAACCCUGUCAAGAAAAUUCCAGAUUCACAUGAAAUUACACUCCAACAUGGAACAAAGACAGUUUCUGCUUUGGGGUUAGAUCCUUCAGGUGCUCGUUUGAUAACUGGUGGAUAUGACUAUGAUGUAAAAUUUUGGGAUUUUGCUGGAAUGGAUGCCUCUCUCCAAGCUUUUCGGUCACUCCAGCCUUGUGAAUGUCACCAAAUCAAAUCUUUGCAAUAUAGCAGCACAGGAGAUGUCAUUCUCGUUGUCUCUGGUAACUCUCAGGCAAAAGUGCUUGACAGAGAUGGCUUCCCAGUAAUGGAAUGCAUAAAAGGAGACCAGUACAUUGUGGAUAUGACAAACACAAAGGGUCACACAGCAAUGCUCAAUUCAGGCUGUUGGCAUCCAAAAAUAAAGGAAGAAUUUCUGACAUGUUCUAAUGAUGGAACUGUGAGGACAUGGGAUGUUAACAAUGAAAAAAAGCACAAAAGUGUAUUUAAGCCUCGAUCAGCUCAAGGGAAACGGGUGAUUCCUACAACUUGCACAUACAGCAGAGAUGGUAAACUUAUUGCAGCUGGCUGUCAAGAUGGCUCUAUCCAGAUCUGGGAUAGGAAUAUGAGUUAUAAACCCAGUAAAACUUCCUAAUGGCAUGAAGCUUGAGAAUUCAUCCUAAGUGUAAACUUGUUCUAACAGAAUAAUAAAUUUU